AUGAGAGAAGGCUAUGUUUGUGAGAGGAAGAGGAAGAGAAAAUGUGAGAGAGAUGGAGGUGAGAAGAGAAUAAUAAUUCUGAUUUUCCUGUCAUUUCUAAAGACUAUAGAGUGUGAUGUUAAACCACAACCACUUCCAAAACAACUGAAAUUAUGUCUCAAUGACAGAUUCGCUAGUGAUCCUUCAGCAAGAGAAGAGGAUGUAAGCACAUCGUGCAUGUUAGAGUUCAUGUGGUUAAACAAGGAUUAUUGUGAGGUCGCUUCACCAGGAACAGUAGAGUGGCUUUCAUCUUUGGUUAGAAAAAUUGCUCCGAGCUCAAUAAGAAACGGAUCUACUAGACACAAGAGACAAGCUUCUGGUGGAACUCCUAGAAGAAGAAAAGAAUACAGGAUGUUAACUGACAACGAACGACGGGAAUAUCAUGAUGCUAUAAACCAACUUAAGAAUGACAGGUCUUUGAUUCCAAAUAGAUAUGAUGCCUUAGUACGAUAUCAUCAAGUUGCAAGUAGAGGAGCUCACGGUGGACCAGCGUUCCUGGCAUGGCAUCGUUACUUUUUAGUUCUGUACGAGUUGGCCUUGCAAGAAAAGAAUCCAAAUGUAAUGUUACCAUAUUGGGAUUCAACUUUAGACUCAGCAAUGUCGGAUCCAACUGAUUCAGUUUUGUGGACACGGGAAUUCGCAGGCAAUGGCAGAGGCAAUGUUGUAACUGGACCUUUUGCUGGUUGGCGGUACAAUAAUAAUCCCCUAACGCGGUCAGUAGGUGACGUCGGCAGAUUGAUGGAUAGGCGACCGACAAACAGACUUAUAAGAACCAGAAGAAGUUACAGGUACUUUGUUAUACAACUUGAACAACCUCAUAACCGUGUUCAUGUCUGGGUUGGCGGGAACAUGGUUAGUGUGGAACGGUCUCCAAGUGAUCCAAUGUUUUACAUGCAUCAUGCUUUUAUUGAUUGUGUAUGGGAAUUAUAUCGGAAUUUGCAGAAAAGACGACAUCGACAAGGAAACAGCUUUCAGGAUCCAGAAGAAUACCCUUUAGUUAGAGGGUUUGAAAGACCUCAUCACAAUCGGGAAACAAUAAUGCAAUUACCACUCCUUAGAAAUCAAUCUCUAACUAAUGGAGAUGGAUAUUUAAACUUCUGGACUGAGGAAUACUACACAUAUGCCCCACUUCCAUGGUGUGGUAAUAUAAAACCUGACUGUGGGUCUAAAUGGUUGCGAUGUGAUCUCAUAUCCAAAACAUGUGUAUCAAGAGGAUCGAUUGCUAUAGAACCACAAAUAACACCAGCAAGAUUUUUACGAGUAGCAGAAAUUGUAGCACCUGAACCAGCUCAAUCAGCAUCUAGAAUAAACUUACAGCGCUCUGUAAGAUUAUCCCAUGAUGCUUCAGUAUCCUCUAAAUCAUCUGAACCAGUAGGUACUACAAACCUUACAACAUCAUCAGAAGAUGUAACGAAAUGGGCUAAAAGUGUAACAAAGGAUUCAUUUUAUCGUGUACUUGAAAGGAUAUCGCUAUCAGACAGCAGUGAUUCAUUCCAGAGCGGAAUUUUAAAUAACAGUCCAAGCAAAUUUAGACCCUCACAAAAGCGACACCCUGUAAAGCAAGCCUCAUUUGAAAUAAUUGAAACAAAGCCAGUAUCUGUGGCAAAUAUGACCAUGGAUGAUUUUUACAUACGUGAAGAGCAGAAACCAUGCACGGGAUUACCAACACAAAAUACAUUUCUAUGUGGCUGUAGAGCAAAUACAGAAUCGUGGGUAUUCAUACCAAUACAGGUUAUACAUUUGCGACAAGGGGACAUAAUCUAUGAUUCACAUCCGGUAAAUGCGCAAGGAAAUUUAGUUGAAGAUGAAGACAUAUUUUCUUACGGUAAAAAACUUCAUUUUUCAGCAGGUUUACAUAAAAAGUAUAAUUCAACAGAAAACCCGUGCUAUCAAGAUAAAUCAGGACUAACGAAAGUAAAAGUUGCAGCUUUUGGGAUUAAUUAUAACGGAAUGUAUGAAGACCAUGUAUUCCUUGAUAACAGACCAUCAGUAUCGAAAGCAGUAACUUAUAUAGCAGUCAAAAGACCUGGCUACACCGCUUCAAACACUUUUAUUAUAGCGUCAGACGAAUGUGGGAAAGUAUGUCAGCCGAUGAUUAUUGCUAAGCAACAUAAACAUAGGUAUCCGUCAUACCGGAAGUUUACAGGUGCUGCCAUGGUAACGUUAAAAACGCCAGUGUAUCACAGUGAUUCAUACCGUGGAGCAGAAGCUUUGGUUUGGAACAACAAGAGAAUACCUUAUCAAAACGACAACCAAAUUCCUAUUGUAUUUUACUGUACUCAUGCAAAUGGAAAACCAUGGUAUUAAUAAAAAGAUGGUUACUUGA